ACGACAGUCGCAUCGACUCGAGUUUACGUGCGCGCGCGCGCGUGCUUCCAAAAAUCUUUCUCUCUCUUUCUCUCUCUCUCUCUCUAUCUGUCUCCCCUCCCAACGCGGAUCGAGCAGUCGAGCGAGAGGAAAACAGACGGCAGAAGGAAAGCCAGGGGAACUCGCGGAGACACGCGAACCUGACAUCCCGACGACCCGGUUCGAGCACCAAGCCCAGCAGCUUUCCGUGCACGAUUCACCGUGCUCGUUUUCCCUGUGCAUCGGUUUCGUUACAUCGUACUGUUGUUUCUCACGAACGGCUCGGCCACGACUUGGACGACGACUUGGACGACGACUUGGACGACGCGCGCGAUACACAGGGGCCCAGCUAUCGACGCGGGCAACCAUCCGAACGCCACGAUGUGCUGUGUGUGUGUACUGUGCAGUGUCUUCUUGGUGCUAACUUAGUGAUAACGAUAUUGAAACACGCCCACAGAGCGACGAGACGCCGCGCGGCGACAUACCGCGCCACUCGGAAUUCAUAACUGUUCAGAAGGCGGGGUCAGAGACAGAUUUUCCUCGCGAUCGUGAACGAAGCGCCAGGAUUACCUAUGACCUGGCCGAGCGUCUUCAGUAGGACCACGCUUCCGGCAGAGAGGCGUUUUUGGCAGCGUUCCUAAUCCUCUUUCCAUCUCCCUUCCCCCUUCGCGUCCCCCUACCACCGUGCAUCCUUCCUGGUUCUCCCCCUGCUGGAGCAACCCCCUCUGAACGAUCCGAUCGUCGACCUUUCACCCUUCCGCUAGUCGCAAGAACAGCAUUCUCGACAGGAUGGACAUGAGCAGCGAGUCGAGCGCGGCUAGGUGGUACGAGCCCCCUAGGUCCACGCUGGAGCCGCCCUCGGGGGGCGCAGGAGUCGCCGGAGUCGUCGGCAAUCCCACCGAUUACAGGGGUUACUACCCCCACGCAGGACCAACCGCCCAUCACCCCGCAGCCGCCGCACAUUACGCUCACACAAGGAUGUCGAGCAGCGGCGUGACGAGCGGACCGGUGAGCCAGGUCUGUCGGCCGCACUUCCACAGUUCCGUGCUGCAUCCGUGGCUAUCGGGCAGCGGGGCGGACACCUCGAAGACGCCCUGGGGAUUCCCGACGACGACAGGCUCGAGCGGCGGCGGCGCGGUCAGCGACGAUAAACCGCAGAGCCCCCUGGGCUCGUCCCUGCCGCCGACCACCGGCAGCCUGUCGAGUCACGGCGGUGCCGGGGCUGGCCACCAUCUGUUUUCCUUCCCGCCGACGCCGCCGAAGGACGCCACCCCCGACAGCAUCACCGCCAGCACCACCUCCAGCACUACCAACAACAAUAACAACAACACCAGUAGCGCAAACAACAACAACAACACGAGCAAUCCUCUGUCAGGGUUAGGUGGCGGAGCGAGCAGCGAGUAUCAGGCGGCGGUGGCCCACGCGGCGGCGAUGGGCGUGUUCAUGCACCAUCAGGACGCGCUGGGUGCAGGGGGUGCGAGCUCCUGCGACGUAAAACCGAGCGUGAUGCUAGGCCACCAUCACGGAGCACCAUCGCCGCCGCAUCAGCAACACAACGGGACGACGAACACAGGAAACGCUGGGAACGGGACGAACGGCGGAGCGACCGGUCAGGUGAAGCAACGAGAAGGUAAUAACCAGUCGGGCAGCGUGUCCGGCAGCCAACAGGCGAGCACCACGCAACAGCAACAGCAGCAGCAGCAACAGCAACAACAGCAACAAGAGGCUGCGUAUCAGGGGAACAACGUGGCGGCGGGCGGUGGUGGCGGUGGUGGCGGUGGUGCGAGUUCACCGUCGUGUAGGGACAGUUACGCGGCCGCUGCCGCCGCCGCCGCCGCAGCCGCGGCCGCGGCUGCCUCCAACACCCACCAUGCCACCUCCGGAUCCCAGUACGACCCGGCAACCAGCGCGUAUAACAUGUACCAGCACCUGCAGUAUCCUAGUACCACCCACCACCAUCACCAUCACCAUCAUCACGGCGCCUCCUCGUCGUCUUCUUCGUCUUCGUCCCACAACCCGCACAACGGGACCGCGGUUUCCGGUAUUUUCGGUCAUCACGCCGCCGCAGCCGGGGCCGGCAACGCGACCGGCGUGGCCGGCGUUAACGUCGACUCGAAGUUGUUGGUCGGUCACGCGCACGCCAACACGCCGAGCUCGCCUUCCGCGCAGCAGCAGCAGCAGCAAAAGCCCAGGAACAAGUCGAGGACGUCCGCCGAGGGCCGCGAGUGUGUGAAUUGCGGCGCGACUUCCACGCCUCUGUGGAGACGAGACGGCACCGGUCACUACCUCUGCAACGCUUGCGGACUCUACUACAAGAUGAACGGACAAAACCGACCUCUCAUCAAGCCGAAACGACGCCUGUCGCUGCAGAGCGCGGCGAGGCGGGCGGGCACCAGCUGCGCCAACUGCAAGACCGCGACCACCACGCUGUGGCGGAGGAACCAGGCCGGGGAGCCAGUCUGCAACGCGUGCGGCCUCUACUACAAGCUGCACAACGUGAAUCGGCCGCUGACGAUGAAGAAGGAGGGCAUUCAGACGAGGAACAGGAAGCUGUCGUCGAAGAGCAAGAAGAAGAAGGCCGGCGGCUGCCUGGGACUUGGCGGCGUCAUGGGCGAUAUGAUCAAGGCCAGUGGUCACCUCGAUCUCGACAACAAGCCCUUCCAUUCUGGCUUCGGCUCGCCCAUGAGCACGUCGCAGCAUCAUCACACGAUGCACCCAGCGAUGCAACACUACAUGUACCACACGGGGGUGGGAGUGGCAGGUGGUCUUCACCAAGGGUUCGCGCCCCCGGCGCCUCCACCGAUUCAUCCCCACUCGCACUCACACUCCCAUUCCCAUCACAUGACGAGUCUUCAGGGUCUCCAGCUGGCCGCCACGACGAACGCGAUGACCGGUUGGCGAUCGGAGUACACAUGAAUCGCGAGUGAUCAGCAGCUCAGGACGCAGCCCACCACUCUAAUCUCGUUCUAACGUAAUCGCGAGCUCGAGCUCUCCUCUCUUUCUCUCUCCGCGAACGAUACCGAGAGACGUUCGAGAGGCGCACACGGACGGGAAAAAAGAGAACGACGCGAACGAAAAAAAAAAGAAAAGAA